AUGGCUGAUCCCAGUUUCCAGGAUUAUAAGACUCUGUAUCUGCAGGCGGAAGAGAGACGGAAGCAGGCAGAAGAGCGUGAGAAGCAGGAAGCAGAAGGGAGGCGGCAGGCAGAAGAGCGCGAGAAGCAGGCAGAAGAGCGUGAGAAGCAGGAAGCAGAAGGGAGGCGGCAGGCAGAAGAGCGCGAGAAGCAGGCAGAAGAGCGCACCCGACAGACCACUUUUACUGAGCUCAUUCAGCACUGCCAUGUCCUUCUCUCCCGAUCGCUGCGAGUCGAUUCACCAUCUCGCUCAACAACUGGACAAAUACCUCUUCCCAAAGGAAAAUACUGCCCCACUCGAUUGGAACAUUGGACCGACUGUCCAAUACAGCUCUCAGAGGUCUACAAGUCCAUCUGCCAAUAUCUUCACCCGGAGCGGGGACAGGAGCCACGUCUGUUUUCUUCUGUAGCGGAAUUAGAAGGGCUUGGCCGUCGAUUUUCUCGCAACCCACUGAGCAGCGAGCAAGAACUCGAGGCCUACGAGCGGUUUGGCGUUGAAGAACAUGUCCGCGAUAUUAUAACUGAGCUUUGCAAACUGCCAGCUGCUCGUGAGGAGUUCAGCCUCGGAGAUGGAAUCCAGUUCAGCAAUCAUAAGAAUUCUCUGAACGAGAAUGAACCCAUGGAAGUCGAGGCAAACCAGCUACCCAGCACAAGUCAACCACGACCUGACCAGUUCUGUAUAAACCGUGUCAGCGGAAACUCGACCACCGUUCUGACGACUGUCGAGUACAAGCCGCCUCACAAGCUACCUUCUGCAACUUUGCGCAUGGGACUUCGACCAAUGGACCUAUGGAAAGAUAUGGUCAGAUCCAAUAAAAUAUCAACCGACCAUAAAGAAAAGUUGAAACACAAUGCAGAGCGACUCGUCUGCUCCGCCAUUGUUCAAGAAUACCAUGUGAUGAUCCAGGAAGGACUCGAAUAUUCAUAUCUGACCAAUGGGCUUACCCGUGUUCUCCUCCGUGUUCCGCGUGACCAGCCUAGCACGCUCUACUACUUUUUCUGUGAUCCUCACAGCGAAAUGACCCCAGAAGGCAAUAUUACUCCCCAGCUAUGGAAGUCCUCUGUUGCCAGGGUGUUAUGCCUUUGUUUGAUGGCAUUCCGUUCGCCUAUCCGGGGGCAAGAAUGGAGAAACCGAAUGCACCCAGAUCUUCAUACAUGGCAAACAAGCUUUGACCACACACGCUCACAAAUCCCAGGAAAGGAGCUACAGCAGCUUCCCCACUCCGAUAGCACCAACCCCGAAUUUCCGAGUCCAGAUUCUGGUUCAUCCUAUACACUACCAUCGUCGUCCCCGCUACCAGCUCCCUCAAAGGGCCAUCGAAUGCCUACACGAUCUCAAACGAGCUGUGCACCUUCGGAGAUUCGACCGCGGUCGCAGUCACCUGGCUCGUCCGGCUCCGACACAAAUCAAGCAGCUGGCCAUAAGCGGAGGAUCAGUCAGGUCACGCCUUCACCGUCCGCUCGGCGAUCGGGUCGCCAGCAAAAGGCAGGGCACGACCAAGACGACCAUUCCCAGCGCCGCGCCGCGCAAUUCUGCACGCAGCGGUGUUUACUCGGUUUGCAGACCGGGAAUGAUCUGGAUGAGCUGUGUCCAAACGUGGAUCAUCAUCGCCGGGGCCAGACCGACCCGACUCAGCAUUCGAUAUCGGCCGAGGACAUGAUACUUUCCUUGAAGAACCAGCUGGACGAAAACAUAGAUCGUUGCAUACCUUUCGGCGGUUGCGGCUCAUAUGGCGCCCCAUUCAAACUCAGCUGCAUGAAUUAUGGUUACACGGUUCUCGGAAAGGGCACCACUUCGGGGUUGUGGAAAGAAGUUUCCCGCGAAGCGCAGGUGUAUCGAGUGCUGCGCAAGGCCCAAGGAUCUGCUGUGCCUGUUUUCUUGGGUACGAUUGACUUGGCAAAAAUAUAUUUUCUUCAUGGCGCUGGACAAAUUCGCCACAUGCUUGUAAUGGGCUGGGGGAUCCACAAGUCGAACAAGGAAAUCAAAGCUCUCGGGAUAAUACAUGAAGACCUCAGGCGAGACAAUGUCCUCUGGAGUGAAGAGCUCGGGCGUGCUUUGAUCAUCGAUUUUCACCGCUCUACUUUGAAACGUCGACCGGCUCUUCAGCGGCCGGGGGCAGCAAAACGACGACUAUGUCGAACAGAGGCAGGCGAUGUAAAACGUCUUCGUGUGUCAUGA